AUAAUUCAGUCAGGGUUUAGAGAUUGUUACAGCGUUGAAGGUUUUAGCUGCAGAUCUUUCAAGUUGUUGCACGUUUGUGCUCUGGUUGGCCAGAAGAGGAGGAGGAUCCUUUAGCUGCUGAUGUGAACGUUAUUUUUUAGUUUCAUCCGUUUCAUCGUAAUUGUGCGACAUGGAGACGGACACGGAGAGUUGCAGCUCCCACGGCUGCUUUGGCCGGACGUUUUCCGCCCUGACCGUCGAUGAUGUUUACGAGAUAGCCAAACUGGUCGGUGCCGAGGUGGAGAAGCUCAUCGACGGCUAUGGCAAACAGAGCGUGGAGGGUCUGGUGCCGAAAAUCGUGAAAGUGCUCGAGCUGCUGGAGAGCUUCGCUUCCAGGAACCAUGCUCACAAUCUGAGGGAAGAGGAGCUGCUGAGGACCUUCGAGACCUUCCAGCUACAACAGCAGAAGAAACGCGGUGGGAAGGAAUACGAGGAGGGCACUGAUAACGAGAUACGGGAGUUGGAGCAGAAGGAGUUGCAAUGGAGGAGGAGAUGUGAAGAGUUGCAGCUCCAGGUGCAGCAGCUACAGGGGGACAGAGAGGAGCUACACAACAGGCUAAAGGGCAGCUGUGUACUUGAAGACCGAGUCCAGAGGCAGGAGCGGGAGGUGAUGCUGAAGCUGAAGCAGGUGGUGGACAAGCAGAGAGAUGAGCUGAGGGCCAAAGCCCAGGAGAUCACCACCAUCUCCAAAGAGGUGGAGGCGCUUCAGGAGCAGCUGGACCGUUUUAUGAAGAUGAACGCGGAACUGCGGCACAAGCAGAACGUGCUGCAGACGCAGCUGAGGAGCACCGUAGAGAGGAAGGCCGACGUGGAGGCCGACCUGAAGGAGAAACACAAAGAGAUAGAAAGACUCAUAGCUCAGCUGAGUGAUACCAGCACCACCAGCCCCUCCAGUCCAAGUCAAACUACAGAUGAGUUGGGCAAAAAGUCGGCGCGUAGCCAGUCUGAUCCCGAUCAGCCGUGCUUCACCAAAAAGGAGGUGCGGGACAUCCUGUUUGAGAGAAACGAGCUGAAAACGAACCUCUUCCUGGUGCAAGAAGAGCUGAACUACUAUCAGAGGGAAAUAUUGAAUGAGGAACGAUGUCCAGGUUUUCUCCUAGAAGCCCUCCGCUCUGCCAUCAAGAAGAAAAGGAGGCUGAUCAAGGCAAAGAUGCUCGGGAUUCCUGAGAACGAAUGCAGCAGCGGUGGCAGUGAUGAAGAAGACAGGAGUUCUCAGUAUGGGCAGACAGAAAUGGACGGGACAGAAGUGGACGGGCCUGACAAACCAGCUGAGUCACGUAUUCGACACCUCUUUGGCUUUCUGACGCGGUCGGGCAGCAGCUCCGCCCACAUCAACAACUCUGCCUCCAGCUGGGAGAUCAUUGGCCACACGGAGGCCAGCGAGGACGCCGAGCAGCAGCCGUCCUCUUAAACCCGGUACUUCCACAUGUCCUCGUGUUUGUCGGCCGGCUCAGGGGACAAACCCACAGACAAACAGAACGAGGGAUUUUAACAAUCCUUUUUUAUUGUUUCAAUACUUUUGCACCAUGCAGGUAUUAAAUAUUAUUAUAGGGAAAGUUUUAUUGUGAUGUUUUCAGAAAUCUAUUAAACCACAAAUUUUAUAUUUAUCUUAAGAGAUUUUAUGCAAAAAGCCAAAGAAAGUAACUCGUCUUCCUCUGUUGUUCAGCUGCUUUAUGGAGAAAACUAAAAAAAUUCUGUAAUGUUUAUGUUUAUUGUCAUUAUGGGUUGAACUAUAUUUUAUUUUUUUUAGUAAGAAUUGUGUCUGGUGAUCUGAAAUAUUUUUAAAAGUUUAAAAUUUUGCUCAUUUCAUCUCAGACAGAAAACGUAAGCAUUUCACGCUUAGAUAUUUAUUCUACUAGAUUAAAUAAUCCUCUAAACAUGACAUUUUACCAUGUACCUCGAAGUAAAUGGUUCAUUAAAAGGUUUAAAGUGAUCAUUAAAAUGUAAUAGCAUUAAAUGCUGCUUUUACAAAGUCUUUAGGUGAGAUAAAUAUUAAUCACAUGUGCCAAAGCGAGCAUCUGUUCCAGAGAGCAAAAUGAAACGCUCACUAAUAAAGACAGAUGAUGUGAUAUUUAGGAUUUAGCCGUCACACAGAUUCGUCCACCUGGAAGACAGAAAGGGACAGAAACAAUAAACAUUACCAGUCUGGACGUCCUAAAUGACAUCAUGUUGGAUUUUCACAGGAAACAGGCAUCUACGUUCAUGUCUCUUCCACAGGGGGGCGCUCUUAUAACUAUACUCCUGUUUCUGUAUAAUACCUAAACUGUGUGUUUACUAAUCAUUUUUAUGGUUUGAAACACUUGUUUGCAGGAGGAAAAAGAAAAGUUUUAGUUAUAAUAUCGGAUUCUUUUGGCAGGUUUCAAAUUAUUGUUUGAUUUUAACAAUUUUGUGUGAUUAUUGCUUAGAUUUUCCUGCCAAAGCAUCUAGAUUUGUGAAAUUCAGGAAGAUGGUGUGUGCUGGAUGUCCUUUGGCCACUUUUAGCUGACAGCAUCAGUAUAAAGUCACCUCAGUUCAUUUCUGACUGUAAAUGUUUAAUCAGAGCUCUUCUCUGAGCGGCCAGUGGUUUAAACCUUCAGCCACACCAUUUUCAAACAGGUUCUCAGCUUUAUUCUGUGAGCAUGACCCGAGUUACCACAGAAACGUGUUGGAUGUUGUAUAAAAGCAUCAUGAUUUUUGUAUUUUGUUGAAAAACAUUAAAAACGAAAUAUAUUUUUGAAAAUGA